AUGCUGCAGCAGAUCCUGAGGGAAAUGUACAUUGACCCGGAACUCCUGGCAGAGUUGAAUGAUGAGCAGAAACACAUCCUUUUCUACAAGAUGAGGGAGGAGCAGCUGCGCCGCUGGCACGAGAGGGAGGCGAGGGCGGCCUGGGAGGAAGCCGAGGGGGUCAGGAUUAAAAGUAAGAAAGCUGCAAACAAUAAGCACAUUCAAUGGCUUCAUGGGAUAGAUGGUGAAGUUUGGGUCUGGAUUAUGGGAGAAGCCCCAGGCGACAAACCAUAUGAACAGAUUUCGGAGGAGCUGAUAGCAGAAAGGGCAAGACGACAGGCUCAGAAGGAGGCCGAGGAACUCUGGAGACAAAAGGAGGCAGAAAUCACAAAGAAAUUCCGGGAUGCUAUGGCAAAUGAGAAGGCUCGGAUCUUGGCAGAGAAAUGGAAAGUAGAGAUGGAAGACCGCAAAGCAGCCAAAAUUCUAGAAGAGAAGAUCCAUGAGGAAUUCAAGAGAAAAGAAGAGGAGGAGAGGAAAAGGGGAGAAAUGCAGAUUCGCCUUCAGGAAGAGCUGAGAGCCAAAGAGUUAUACUGGACCUUGAAGCAAGCCCAGCAGCAGAGCCAGGCCAGUGAAAAGGAGGAGCGGGAGUGGGAAGAGCAGUUGCGUCGUUCUAAAGCAGCAGAUGAAGAACGGAGGAGGAAAGCUCAGAGAGCCCGGGAUGAAUACCGUAGGCACUCACUCCGAGCAAUUCAGAAAGGGACAGUUGCUGGUCUCAGCAACAUGUUUCAAGAAAUUGGCUUGUACAAUGAACAGGAGGCAAAGCCCAAUAACCAUCAUCCUAACCCCACUCCGCCAAAGUCCCUUCUUGUCCCAGUUAGAGCCUGGGAACGGCCCCUCCGUCCAGUCUCUAAAGAUGUCAUCAUUCGCUGGUUUAAGGAAGAGCAAUUGCCCCGCCGGGCUGGCUUUGAGAGGAACACCAAAUCCAUUGCCCCUUGGUUUCAUGGGAUCAUUAGCCGAGAAGAUGCAGAAGACCUUCUGUCAAACAUGACUGAGGGGGCAUUUCUGAUUCGUGUCAGUGAGAAAAUUUGGGGCUACACCCUCUCCUACCGCCAGCAGCAUGGGUUCAAGCACUUUCUUGUGGAUGCAUCAGGGGAUUUUUAUAGCUUCCUGGGAGUGGAUCCAAACCGCCAUGCAACUCUCACAGACCUUAUUGAUUUUCACAAGGAGGAAAUCAUCACAGUGUCAGGUGGAGAGUUACUGCAGAAACCUUGUGGACAGAGAGACAAUCCGCCAGACUACCACAUGCUAUUUGAUUGACUUUCUUUCAUGGAACAGGCCUCUAAUAGAUUCCCCAAUCACCUUCACCCAAGACCUUCCCAACAUCCCCUACUUCAUACCCACAUGAGUUGGACAUCUGAAGGAAUGGUUAAAAUUUAUAAGCUUGUUCUUUUCCUAAGUCAACAAACGGCAGCUAGUAAUGUCUCCUAAUGAUUUAGUACCUACUUAGCAUUAAGGCAAGUCACUCAAAUCACAUCCUAGGUACUCAAUUAUUAUGAUUAUUUUAAAUUUGAAUUGAAUUUAUUGAAAGUAUAAAAAUAUGUCUUCAGUAUAUGUUUAUGAAGCUGGUAGUUUCAUCACCAAAUGACGGGUAUUAAAAAAAGCAUUGGGACAUAUAGAAUGUUGGAUAAGAAUUCAGGAAGAUCUGGGUUCAAAUCCUGCCUUUGAUAUUGACUGUGUGGCUAUGGAUCAUUUUUCAAACUUCUCUGAACCUCAUUUUUCUCACCUGUAAAAUGAUAUUUCUUUCAAGUCUAAAUCAAUGACAUUCUAACCCUGGAUCUUAAUGGCCAGACUAUUCACCAGUUAUCUGACACUACUUAUUCUAUUUUCUUUGUAUCUCUUUCUACGAAGGAAAAUUUGUAUUAUUUGAGCUCAUACCAUCUUGGAUUCUGUAAUGAGUUAUUUGAAUGUAAGCUCCUUGAGAGAAGUGAAUGUUUCACUUUUGCCUUUGUCCUUUUGUCCUUAGUUGCCUGGCACAGUUCCUGGAAAGUGAAAUAUAUAUUUAAUAAACACUUGCUCACUGAAACAA